UUGAUAUUUUUUAAUAACAAGUAAGAACGAUAACCUUUAUAUUAAAAUUUUAAUAAUUUUCGGUCUGUUAUCAUUAUUAAUGUUCUUGCAGGUCCCUAGUUGUCAUCUCCACCUCUUCUGAGUCUUCGUCCAAGUCAACCCGCGUAGUGAGCGCACUGAUUCAUUUGACCUUUAUAAAUAACAUAAACACAGAAACUUGAGUAAACUGAAGAGAUCGUGUCUUGUGAAAAUCCACAAUUUUUUUUUUUUUUUUGCAGCAGAAAAAUUUGAAACUUUUUAUGGCUGCCGAUUCUCUGCUUCGCUUCCUUUGUCUGUGUUGUUUUCUGCUUCCUCUCUCAGUUGCGUGUCCAGAGUUUUUUGAGUGUGGAGAUAUAGGGAAACUUUACUUCCCCUUCACCACCACAAACAACACAGAAUGUGGCUUACUACCUGUAAUGGGUUGCGAUGAUCCAGACAAAGGGAAACUAGUCCAACUGGGAGCCAGAACAUGGUGGGAUUACAAAUUUGGAGACAGAGGAGAGUUCCAAAUUGAAAAAAUCUUGUACAAGGACUUGGAUUAUCAAAUCAUGGCUCGUGGCAGUGAGCUUGAAAAGCUCUUUCUUGACGAUCAAUGCAAGGUCAUGUACACUGAAGGCGAAGCCCCGAUUCCUCCGGAGUCUCUUACGUUGUUUUUCUCUUUCUCAAACGCCAUUAACCUGUUGAGAUGCGAACACCUUCUCGACAACAACACCUACAAGGUGUUCAAUUACGACUCCCCAUAUCACUGUAAUCUCGAACACCUCUACUAUACUCCCGACGAAGGUAUCCAGUGGCCUGACUCUUCAAGUGAAUGUUCUCUGGUCCAUCUUCCAUUUGAACAGCAACCUCCUAAUACAUCGACCCUGGCAACCAUAUCUGAAGAAAUCUUCAUACAAGUACAUCUAUCUCAGUCUUGUAUUGAUUGUCUUUAUUAUAGAAAAGGGCAGUGCCUGCCUGAUGGAAAAUGUACAAAGGAUGGGGUCAAGAAAAUCGAUUCCAGGUCUAUAGCAAUAGGUUUAGCUAAUGGAACCGCAGGCAUCAUUGUAAUUAUCUUGUUUAUUAUUGUACUAGUAAAGGUGCGACGAUUCAAUUGUUCAGGUUUCCUAAACCAAUCAAGAACCGUUUAUUUUGACAUACGUCCAAGUACAACCUCAGAAUGUGUUACUGUUGAUGUUGGGGUCUCUAUCUUCAGCUAUGAGGAGCUGGAAGAGGCAACAAACAAUUUUGAUCAAUCCCAAGUACUUGGACGCGGAGGCUGUGGAACCGUUUACUAUGGAAAACUCGGUGAUGGAAAGGAAGUUGCUGUCAAGCGUCUACAUGACCACAAGCAUCAUAGUAAGCGUGUCAAGCAGUUCAUGAAUGAAAUUCAAGCCUUCACACGCCUACGCCACAAAAAUCUUGUGUCUCUCUAUGGAUGCACUUCACCUCAAAGCCGCGGACUAUUAUUGGCAUAUGAAUAUAUUCCAAAUGGUACAGUUGCUAGUCAUCUCCAUGGUGAUCUAGCAAAGCCUGGUUCACUGCCUUGGCCACGACGAAUGAAAAUUGCCAAAGAGACUGCCACUGCAUUGACCUAUCUCCAUGCUUCUGACAUCAUUCACCGUGAUGUCAAAACCUGCAACAUUCUCCUUGAUAGCAAUUUUUGUGUCAAAGUUGCAGACUUUGGGAUAUCAAGGCUGUUCUCCAACGAUGUUUCCCAUGUCUCCACAGCUCCAUUAGGAACCAUGGGUUAUAUUGACCCUGAAUAUCUAGAAAGCCACCAGCUCACUUACAAGAGUGAUGUUUAUAGCUUUGGAGUUGUACUCAUUGAGCUCAUAUCAUCUUUGCCAGCUGUUGACCAAACAAGGAAAGAGGAUGAGAUUAAGUUGGCAAACCUAGCCAUCCAGAAGGUUCAAAGAAGAGAGUUUACUGAGGUAGUAGAUCCCACCCUUGGUUUUGAGUCAGAUAACGAAUAUAAGAGGAUGAUAAUUUCAGUGGCAGAAUUGGCUUUUCAGUGUUUGCAAAGGGAAAAGGAACUAAGACCUUCCAUGUAUAAAGUUCUGGACGAGCUACAGAAAAUUGCAAGUAACAAGGACAAGCUUGAGCCUCUAGAGAUUCAAGAAGCUGACAUUUGACACGAGUACGUUUACAACUCCAUCAACCUUACAAGAUUGGAAGAAGUUGGAUCAUUGAAGAAAAUGAAGGGACUUCACCUUUAUCAAACACUUUGAUAAAUGAGUUAUCAAACCUAUAACACCUAAAAAAUUUAGUGUAUAUUAAGAAUAACUAAAUUAGACCAAUG